AUUUCCUGAAAACAUCACUGUCGGUUGACUUUUCUCUCUCUCUCUCUCUUCUCGUCUUUAAGGUGUCCAUAUUCUUACAGGAAGAAGGAAGUUAUUUGUUGUUGAACCAGGACCGCGCUCUUACUCAUUCAACGCUUCUGCCAACAACUGCCUGCUAAAUCAUCCACCCAGUACAGAAAUUUCAAGAUUCAUUCUCUAACAUAAACCCCCACAGUUUCAGUAUAUCCAGCUCCAGAUUUCUCUUUCUUAUGAAUCUUUAGUUUUUCCAUUUCACCUUCUCGAAUCUGAUUGCAAGCAGAUCCAGCCGGAAAUAAUUACUGUAAAUCUUAAGAACAGGGAACCAAAAUGAAUGAUCUAUUCUCAGGAUCCUUCUCUCGUUUCCGGGGCCAAGACCAAUCCCCCGCCCAGGAUUCUCACACCAUAGAGAUGACCAACUCCGGCUCCACCGGCGGCGUGAACCUCGACCGGUUCUUUGAAGAUGUUGAAGCAAUCAAAGACGAGCUUGGCGACCUCGAAUCCCUCUAUACCCAACUCCAAGCGGCCCACGAGCAGAGCAAAACCCUCCACAGCGCCAAAGCCAUCAAAGACCUCCGGUCCCGCAUGGACGCCGAUAUCUCCGCCGCUCUCAAAAAAGCCAAAGUCAUCAAAGUCCGCCUGGAAGCCCUCGACCGAUCCAACGCAGCAAACCGCAGCCUCCCCGGCUGCGGCCCCGGCAGCUCAUCCGAUCGCACCCGUACUUCAGUCGUCAAUGGCCUGAGGAAAAAGCUCCACGACACCAUGACCCGAUUCAACGACUUGAGGCAAAAAAUGGGCUCCGAGUACCGAGAAACCGUACAGCGGAGAUACUACACGGUGACGGGCGAAAACCCGGAUGAGAAAAUCCUGGAUCGUCUGAUAGAAACUGGGGAGAGUGAGACGUUUCUGCAGAAGGCGAUUCAGGAGCAGGGGAGAGGGCAGGUGAUGGAGACGAUAAUGGAGAUUCAGGAGAGGCAUGACGCCGUGAAGGAGAUGGAGAAGAACUUGAGGGAAUUGCAUCAGGUUUUCUUGGACAUGGCGGUACUGGUGCAGAGCCAGGGGGAGCAGCUGGAUGAUAUUGAGAGCCAGGUGAACAGGGCAAAUUCUUUUGUGAGAGGUGGGACUCAUCAGCUGGAGGUUGCCAGGAAGCACCAGAAGAAUACCAGGAAAUGGACGUGUUUCGGGAUUGUGCUCCUGUUAAUUAUCAUCUUGAUCAUAGUUCUCUCUCUUCAGCCAUGGAAGAAAUGAUAGCGGUUGAUUUGCAUAAAAUCAGGGGUGGCGUUGUCUAGGUCUGUUUUUAUCAUGGUACUGAUUCAUCAUCAGGUUCAUCUCAGCUCACCCAUUCCCCCUCCACUUUGUUUUUGCCAAUAGUACUUUUUCGCAAUAUUUUCUUUUCUUAAAUAUUUUUUUUAUUGUCAUUGUAUCUACUCCCAGAUGUGUUUAUUAUUUGUUGACGAUUUAGGUUAUUGUUUUCUUCUUUAUUUUCUUGGGGAUAGAUGAGGUUCACGGUUGGUGUCCGCGUACCCCGGCCGGGGGCUAGUCCCCCCUUCCAACUUGUCGAAGUUGGAAGAUGGGUGUUGUUUCUAGCAUAUAAUAUACCUUUACUACUAGUAGGGGUAAAUCAUUUUUCAUUUGUUCAA